CACCAGAUACACCUUCCAGAGAAAAAAGACAAAUCACGUUGGAAGUUAGAUAGUGCUUUUCCUUUCUCUUCUAGAGCGUUUGGUCAUUCUUCCUCCCAAAGCCAAUCUAGUUCUAGACAUGGCUCUCCAGAAAUAGAUCGAGAGUCUGAGGAAAUGGUCCGUUCAGCAGCUUCCACUGAUUUACGGAAAGUUAGCAAUGUUCAGAUGGCUAGAGUGAGUCUUCUCGGAAAGACUCUCCCAUCUAAAUUAUUUCACUACAGAUGGACCAUGGAGCACAAUUCUGAG